CUCGGGAUAGGCCAAUUAAUUACGGCCUUCAGCGCGGAUUAUCCACCUACAUAUACCAGGCACUCCACCGUCUGUCACCCCGAUCAUCCUUACCACCACCAUGAAGUUCGGAGAACAUUUGAGAAAGGCCCUCAUCAAGAAUUACUCCUUCUACUACAUCGCCUACGAUGACUUGAAGCACCAGUUGAAGAAGGGCUUGAAGGACAACGACUACGAAUGGAGCAACGAGUUGGAGGAGGAGUUCCUCAACGCGUUGGAAACCGAGUUGGACAAGGUGUACCUGUUCACCAAGGUCAAGAACACCGAGGUCAACCGUCGUAUCAAGGAGCUGGAAGCCUAUGUCCACGAGGUGGUCAACGCGCUCCAGAGAGUGCAGGCCAACCCCAACGACACCUCGAUCACCAACCGUCCCCAGGAGCAAGACUUCGAGGACUUGGAACAGGAGUUGAGUGACAUCAUUGCCGACGUCCACGACUUGGCCAAGUUCAGCAGGUUGAACUACACUGGGUUCCAGAAGAUCGUCAAGAAGCACGACAAGACCACCAAGUUCAACUUGAAGCCCAUCUUCCAGGUCAGAUUGAACGCUAAACCCUUCUACAAGGACAACUACGACAACUUGAUUGUCAAGUUGUCCAAGUUGUACGACUUGGUCAGAACCAGAGGUAACCCCGUCAAGGGUGACUCCAGUGCGGGUGGCUCCCAGCAGAACUUCGUCAGACAGACCACCAAGUACUGGGUGCAUCCCGACAACAUCACCGAGUUGAAGUUGGUCAUCUUGAAGCACUUGCCUGUGUUGGUGUUCAACGCCGACAAGGAGUUCGAAGCGGAAGAUGCGGCCAUCACCUCCAUCUACUUCGACAACGAGGAAAUGGACCUCUACUACGGUAGAUUGCUCAAGGACGAGGGUGCCGAAGCUAUCAGAUUGAGAUGGUACGGUGGCAUGAAGUCCGACCAGAUCUUCGUGGAGAGAAAGACUCACAGAGAAGAUUGGACGGGUGAAAAGUCGGUCAAGGCCAGAUUUGCCCUUAAGGAAAAGAAGGUCAACUCCUUCUUGAAGGGUGACUUCACUGCUAGCCAAGCCUUCGAAAAGGCCAGAAAGGACGGUAAGAAAUCUCCACAAGAAAUCGACAACUUGGAAAGAUUGGCGAAGGAAGUUCAAUACCGUGUGUUGAAGCAUAAGUACAGACCAGUCAUGAGAUCCUUCUACAACAGAACUGCAUUCCAAUUGCCAGGUGACGCCAGAGUUCGUAUUUCUUUGGAUACCGAAUUGUCUAUGGUUAGAGAAGAUGACUUCGAUGGCUAUGACAGAACUCGCGGUAACUGGAGAAGAAUGGAUAUUGGUGUGGACUACCCAUUCUCCCAAUUGCCUGAAAAGGAUAUUUGCCGUUUCCCAUACGCUGUUUUGGAAGUCAAAUUGCAAACUCAAUUAGGUCAAGAACCUCCUGCAUGGGUCAGAGACUUGGUUGCUUCCCACUUGGUCGAAGCCGUUCCAAAGUUCUCCAAGUUUAUCCACGGUGGUGCUAGUUUACUUCCAGACUACGUCAAUUUAUUGCCAUUCUGGUUGCCACAAAUGGACGUGGAUAUCAGAAAGCCAAAGGUUGUCCAAGAAUUUGGUAUCAACAGAAAGCAACAACAAAGAAUGUUAAAGUCAUCAUCUUCUGGAGGAGAACUUGACGAUGAAGAAAUGACUGGUAACUCUUACACUGAUGGAGUCCACUUCUCAAAUGAUUAUAACCCAUUGGAAGACGACUUAGAUGAGAACAGUCCAUUGUUAUUGCCAAACAACUACUCUACCAGACACUCCAACUCUCCUGUGGCUGAUUUCUUCUACCAUUUGUAUGGAAAGUUCUUGUACUACUUCAAUGAUGACCGUACUUUCACUGUGAAAGAAGGUACCAACUUUGACUUGAACAAGACCUUCGAAUCCAAGAUUCCAAAGGGAAAGAAGAUUGCUGUUCCAAUCAGAAUUGAACCAAAGGUUUACUUCGCCACUGAAAGAACAUUUUUGAGUUGGUUAUCCGUUGGUAUGAUCUUGAGUUUCACUGCCACCACCCUCUUGAACUACGGUUCUAAAUCCGCAUUGACUGCAUCUAUUGGUUUCUUCAUAACCGCUUUGUUCACCUUUUUAUAUUCAGCCUACACCUAUGUAUGGAGAGUAUUGAUGAUCAGAGAAAAGAAGCCAGUUCUUUACGGUGACAAGUUUGGCCCAAACAUGAUUUGUGCUUGUAUCUUUGCUGCCACAUUUGUUACCUUUGCCUUUAAGUUCCUUGAAAAUUAGUAAAAGUCGUUUAAUUCUAAGCAUGUUAUCAAUACACAUAAUCAUCAUUUCGAU